AUGGAUAUGGCGCUGGAGGAGUUGUGGAAAAAAUUCCAUCUCUCAGAGGAAGAAAAAGGUGUUUUGGCUGUUAGUUCUCAGGAGGUGGCCUCAUCAAGGGAACAUGCUCAAUUCAAUAUCUUGUUCAAGCUACAAGCUACUAAGGAAUUUAAUAAGAAGGCGUUCAAAUCAACCACUCAAAAACUUUGGUGUGGUUCACAGGGAGUCACUAUUAAAGAGGUUGGAAAAAAUCUUUUUCUGGCUAUCUUUGUUAAUAGGGAAGACAUGAUGGAUGUUCUUGACAGAAGCCCAUGGUCAUUCGAUAGAAAGCUUAUCCUACUAAAGCGCUUUAAUGGAGAUAUCAGUCCAAGUAGUGUCUCCUUUCAAUACUCUCCCUUUUGGAUUCGGGUUUUCAACAUCCCAAUCAAAAGUAUGAAUACUACUGUUGGUAAUCGUAUUGCGAAGGAGAUUGGAGUUCCGUUGGUGAUAGACGCUCCAAAAAGUGGCCUUGCUUGGGGUCCUUUUCUCAGGAUUCUGGUAGAUGUAGACAUCACAAAACCUCUUAUAAGGGGAAAAAUGAUUCACAUUGAAGAGAUGGAGGAUGUUUGGGUAUAUUUCAAGUAUGAGAGGCUGCCUACAUUCUGCUAUCGAUGUGGUAUACUGGGCCAUCAAGAUUGUGAUUGUCAGGGGAUUAAUAAAGGAUACUUUCAUACAAAUGAUGAUGUGCUUGAAUUUGGUCCUUGGCUGCAAGCUGUAGCCCCAAAAACCAAGUAUAAAAAAGGAAAUUCCAAUACACACGGAUACAGUGAUGUUGAAACAGAAGAUACAUUCCUUUCUAACGAGGAAGAUGAUACAGUUGGGGGUGAUAAACUUUGA